GUUCCAGUCACAAUAACAUGCACAAGCCUGUCGCUGCCUUGGAUUUACAAGAACGCGUGUCAUACGUGAGCGCUACAAAAUCCCACAAAGUCAACGGCGAUUACGUCGACGGCAAAACCCCAAACGACCUCGAAGACGGCGCGUUGCGCGAAGGGGGGGCCCCCGUGUACACGAGCCCAGAAGUGCUGGCGUUGUUGGCGCAGUACUUUGCCGUGGGGUUGAUGUACGGAUCGCUGCCGAGUGUACCGUACUCGGUGUUGGUGCAGUACUUUCACUUGCAAGGCACGCAGUUCACGUCGGCCAAGGCGUUGAUCGGGCUCGGGUGGUCGCUCAAAGUGUUUGUGGGCAUGCUCUCGGACGUGUGCCCGAUUCUGGGCUUCCGUCGCAAGUCGUACAUGAUUCUCGGCUGGCUCUUGUGCGCCGCGUGUCUGUUGGUGCUGGGGGUGAUCGACCACGGCGACCCGUACGACGGCGCCCGCGACGGGGGCAAGCUCAACCCAGAGAAUGUCGCCGCCAACGCCCGCGGCACCACCGUGGGCUUGUUGUGUGCGCUGGCGACGAUCGCGUACAUUUUGGCGGACGUGCCGGCCGACGCCAUGGUGGUCGAGUACGCCCAGCGCGAGCCGGAACACGUCCGCGGUCGCAUGCAAACACUCAUCUAUGGUGUCCGCACGGUAGCGUCGACCAUCACGACGGCGCUCAUGGGGUUCUGCCUCAACUCGGAGCGAUUCCACAGUACGUUUUCGUGGGAUAUGGGGCUGAACGCGUUCUUUCUCGUGUUGGCCGUACCGACGUUCGUGGUGGCCCUCAUCACGUACUUCUUCAUCAACGACCGAAAGACGACCGACGCUGUGGUGUGGGCCGAGUACAAGGCGCAGUUCUGGGGCCUCGUGCAAAAGAGAUGUGUGUGGCAGCUCAUGAUUUUCAACUUUGCGUUCAACUUGUUUGCAGGGUACAUCACGACGACCGCGGCUCCAUAUGUGGCGCAGACGUGGGCUGGGGUGGAGAACUUGAACAGUUCAAUCAUGGGGAUCGUUGGCAGCUUGAUCUUUGCUGGCAUGCUGGCAGUUAUGGGCAAAUGGGGCACCAUGUGGAAUUGGCGACGGUGGCUCGUCGUGACGACGUUGGCUGCCAACGCCAUCGACGCCGUCGUGCAGUACUUGACCAUCUACGAUAUUGUGCGCGACCAGUGGUUCUACCUGGGCGUGCCGCUGGCCGAGCAAAUCCCCGCGGGCAUUCAGUUCAUCAUCACAACGUUUGCCAUUGUCGAAAUUGCGGACGUCGGCAACGAAGGCAUCAUCUAUGGCCUCCUCACCACGUGCUCGAACAUGCCCAACGUGUUUGGCGCCAUGAUCACCAACAUCUACUGCGACCAGUUCCGCGUCUCGGAUGACGACAUCGCCCGCGACGACGACGACGCCAAGCACCAAGUCGCGUACACGUACUUGGUGUAUUAUGGCACGACAGUGUUUGCGUGCUGCUGGGUGCUGCUGUUCCCAACCCAGAAGAAGAUGCUCCAAGAAUGGAAGCGUGACGGUGAAAAGUACCCCGUCGUCGGCGCCUCCGCGUUGAUCAUCGGGUUCGGAAUCAUGGUAAUGUCCAUCACGUCCAACGUGAUGACUAUGUUUGUCUCGACCAAGUGCCUGCGCUUUGCCGGUGGCCACGGCUGCGACUAGAGCAUGAUAUACCGUUCAGUUGGUCGGUAUGUGGAGGGAAACACCGUAACGUGAUUUGUAGUGUGUGUAGUAGUUGAAUGGUUUUGAAAUCAACGAGAGUGGCCAAAUAUACUGCUGUUUGUAAAGCUGACAACUUGAUGAAUAGCAAGAGGCGUAAUAUCCUGUCGGUUGAGAUUGGCUCGUGUCAGUUGUGUGUGUGUAAAACUACUUUCGCAGUGUGCAUUCUUAGACCAACUUGAACUGUGUGAAGCUCUUGCUUGGCUAGUUAGAGAAAUCGUAGAGAAACUUCGAUUACCGUGCGCAUUGUGCUUGUGACGCAAUUCCAAGGUUGUUUGGUAGUUAAAGUGUAUAUUACGUCCAGCUCGACAACCAGUGCAUAAACGAACGCAAGCGUGAUGAAGCACACCUCAAAUUCGAAUUUAUUUUCCCCUUCCUUCCCCAUUUUCCUGUACCCUCCAACCCCCUGCAGUAACGUUAUGCGAAGUUGAUGGCCACUGCAAAGUGUUGCAAAGGAGCACUAUUACAGUAACGUUAAUAGUAUUUGUUUGGUCAGC